AUGGAGCGGGCCGUGGCAGUGACUAGGGAGAUCGAGACAGACGCCAGUAUUGAGCGACUGGACAACCGCCUAGCUCACCUCAUCGAGGUGAUGCAGGCCCUCCUCACGAGGUGGAAAGCGCAACGUACCUACGGGAAGGUCCACAAGAAGAUCGCGGAGCUGAACCCGAAUGAUCGAGGCCCACUAUUUGAAUUUCCAGAAACACUCGUGUCUGACAACGGAAGCCAGUUCGUUUCUGCAGAGUUCCAAGCCUACCUCAAGCACAGGGGCAUGUGGCACGUAAGAACCGCACCGUAUCACCCAAGUAGCAACGGACUGGCUGAACGUUUUGUUCAGACUUUGAAGUCAGCGCUCCGCAAGACCAGUCCGAGGAGCGCCAGUGAGGAGUUAGCCGACUUCCUUCUGGCGUAUCGUAAUACGCCUCAUGCUACGACAGGGGAGGCCCCUUCCACUUUGCUCCUGGGGAGACGCCUGCGGACCAGACAAGACCUGUUACGACCAGCGGUCGAGAACAGAGCGCGCCAGCGCCAGUUCGACCAGACAAGGCGUCACCCAUGUCGCAACAACGUCAUCGCUGUUGGUGAUGCCGUUCGUGUGCGCAAUGUCCGAUCGGGACCAAAGUGGCUGUGUGCAACAGUUCUUGCCCGUACGGGACCAUUGUCACAUCGGUUAAGUGUAGUGACUCCUCGUGAUGUGUUCCAGUGGAUUCGUCACCAAAAUCACAUCCGCAACGAUAACACCGGCAUCGCCACGGAGUUCGAACUACCCUUCAGUAAAAGGCAGCAAGAAGUUGCCUCACAGGUCCUGACCUGCGACUCAUCACAUGACGUCGACAGCUCGCUCACCGCACAAAGUGAACCGGCGGACACUGCAAACGCUCCUAACGAACGUCGCUACCCGCAGAGACAGCGUCGCCCACCUGAUCGCUUUGUGCCGUAA